UAUUUACGUAUCAAUAUUCCAGUAUCACUUGCAUAUGAUGUUUAUAUCUCUCAACUGAUUCGAUACGCAAGUGCUUGUUCUGCGUAUGAUCAGUUUUCAAAUCGAGGCAGGCUAAUGACAAACACGUUGACGUUACAGGGGUUUCAACAGUCUCGGUCAAAGUCAGCAGUUUGCAAAUUCUAAGGUCUUUAUAAUGAUCUAGUUUGCCAAUACAACCUACCAUUGGGUCAAUUGCGGUCUGACGUAUUUCAUACCGAUUGUUAGGCCGUUCUUGACACACUGAUAUGAAUACGGAUUACUCCGUUUACCUCAUCAAAAUAUAGGGCUCAUGGCGGGUGUAACCGGUCAAAGGGGAUGCUUACGCCUCCUAGACACCUGAUCCCACUUCUGGUUUAUCCAGAGACCGUGUUUGCCCAACUCUCUAUUUUAUAUCCGUUAUACUGUAGGAGUUAUGAGAUUAACCACUGUUUGUUUUCUUCAUCUUUCGUAGAGAUUAUAGUUCUCUAUAAGAAUUACAUUGUGCAACAAGAGGACCACAAACGGUACAACAUACGCCCGUUCGGCAUAUAAGCAUGUUAUGCAUUUGACAAUAAAUCUGGAAAACUGUUUGACUUUCUUUUACCCUAAAAAUAGGCCGUGGUUCACGAAUCCUGUUGAAAUGCAAACUGAACUUAUAUUCCUCCAAGUUUGUGACUAAAUGAUAUCUUUAUCUGUAAUGAAAGCAAAGUUUUUCUCCUACGAAUUUGACUUUUGACAUUGAGAAACAAUAGGCAUCCCCUGCUUGGCAUAAGAUGCAUGUGUACCAUGUUUGACGGUCCUAGCCUCAACGGUUCGGUCUGUAUCCUGCCUAAGUUUUACUACUACAUGUAAGUGAUACUACGACCUUGACCUUGAAGAAUUAGAAGGCGUUCUUCACUUGGCAUGAGGAGUAUGUGUACUAAGCUUGACAGCCCUAGUGCCAAUAGUUCGGUCUGAAUACUGCCUACAAGGUUUUUCUAUUAACUGAUUUGAUUGAUUUUGUGUUGUUUAACGUCCCUCUCGAGAAUAUUUCACUCAUAUGGAGACGCCGGUGAAGGGCUGCAAAAUUUAGGCCUAUGCUCGGCGCUUACGGCUAUGUUCGGCGCUUACGGCUAUGUUCGGCGCAUACGGCCAUUGAGCAGUGUGGGUUCUUUAGCGUGCCACUGCUACUGUGACACGGGACAUCCGUUUUUAAGGUCAUCUCCGAGGACCCGUGACAUCCACACCUGAUGCGGAGCGUUUGGCGAUGGAACUGUCACUACCUGUUUUAACGACUUAGGUCUGUCGCGACCGGGAUUCGAACCCCGGGGCGAACGCUCUAACCUCUCGGCCACCGUGGCGGUGAUAGGUGAUACUUAUCAUAUAUGUGUGUGUAACAUAAAUAUUAUCGGUAAUAAAACUGUAUACAGUGCACUUCUUUCAUUGGUGCGUAUCUAUAUGAUUUAGUUGAAUGAAAAGGUGAAAUCAAACAGUGAUCAAUUUCAUAAUUCCCACAAAGAAUACAAAGCAAUACAAGCUGUAACUAACGGUAUUUUUUCAACUAUCCAAUUAUGCACCAAAUAACACUUAUCACUAUAACUAAUAUACUGCCCAAGAUCUGAAGAAAAAUUAAGCAAAAUAAACAAGGGGGUAUUGUUAGAGAGCAUACCUACAAUAACCGUUUCGUAUAAACCGUCAAUGCGUCGUAUACACGGACAUGGGAACGACGAUUGCCGAACAUAAUCGUGUUGCUGAGACCGAGGUCAUAAACAAUGGUGGAAACCGAUGUGAGUAACUACACAUUUCGUUUGUUUUAAAAUAUUACAUCGUUUCAUGAAUGACAAGAAGAACUAUAAGUGUAAAAAAGCAAUUAAUACGUAAAUGUGCCACUGAAAUGAAAUUUCGGUUAGUGAAUUUGCUAUAAAAUUUGGCAUAUUAAGCAAUGCGGUCAAUUAUCUCCACUUUCCUGUUGUGUGCACAGCUUAUGUUUGGCUCGUAAUGACAUUCCUUGAUAUCAAUAAAUGGGUAAAUCAAGUUGGUGUUAUGGGUUUUGUUUCCACGGUAAUGGUGAUGGAAUUUUGUGUACAUCCCCCAUGGCUUUGGCUACUAGUAGACUAAGCCACUUCAGCAUAAGGGUGUUAGAUGUUACUAGGUGGAUAUCUCGACUGUUCAAUUAAUGUAAAAGAGGAAUGUCUUGAUGAAAAAAAAAAAAUCAGAGGAAUGGUUUAAUGUACAAAACAAAAUCAGAGGGUCUUAAUGUAAAAAAAAAUAAUAAUAAUAAGAGGAACGUCUGAAUGUAAAAAAAUAAAUAAAUAAAUAAAUAAGAGGAUGUCUUAAUGUACAAAACAAAAAAGAAUGUCUUAAUGCAAAAAACAAAAUAAGAGGAAUGUCUUAAUUAAGAGGAAUUACUAAAUUUAAAAAACAAAACAAGAGCAAUGUGUUAAAUUAAAAAAAAAAAAAAAAAAGAGGAAUGUCUUAAUGUAAGAGAUAAAAUAAGAGGAAUGACUUAAUGUAAAAAAAAAAAAAAAAAAAAAAAAUAAGAGGAAUGACUUGAUAUAAAAAAGAGGACUGAUUUAAUGUAAAAAACAAAAUAAGAGUAAUGUCUUAGUGUAAGAGAAAAAAUUAAAAGAAUGUCUUCAUGUAAAAAACAAAAUAAGAGGAAUGGCUGAAUGCAAGAAACAAAAUAAGAGGAAUGACUUAAUGUAGUGUGUGUGUGUGUGUGUGUGUGUGUGUGUGUGUGUGUGUGUGUGUGUGUGUGUGUGUGUGUGUGUGUGUGUGUGUUAAAAAAAAAAAGGAUAAGAGGAAAUGGCUGAAUGCAAGAAACAAAAUAAGAGGAAUGACUUCAUGUACAAAUGAAAAAAAAAGAAUAAGAGGAAUGACUUCAUCUAAAAAAAAAAAAUGAGAGGAAUGUAUUAUUAUAUUAAAAAAUAAAAUAAAGAAGAAUGCCUGGCUGUAACAAAACAAAACAAGAUGAAUUACUUAUGUAACGAGGAAAAUAAGAGGAAUGACUUGAUGUUAAAAAAAAGAUAAGAGGAAUGUCUUAAUUUUAAAACCAAAAUAAGAGGAAUGUCUUCAUGUAAAAAAAAAAAAAAUAAGAGGAAUGAGUUAAUGUAAGAAAUGAAAUAAGAGCAAUGAAUGGAUGUAAAUAACAACAAGAGUACCGCAAACGGUACAUAAUACGCUCGUGAAAUGCUUACAUAUUGGUUUUUUUUUUGUGCUAUAAUUUGUAUAACUUUGCUUCAGGUAGUAUCAGCCAUCAUGAGGCUGUGACAAACUUUCAUUUGAACAAAUGGUCUUAGCUUAAAAAUCGAGAUUUCCUCAAAAUGGACCAAGUUCAACAACCUGUAUUUUUUUCAAAAUGGAAGAAAAUCAAAAUCCUUCCCCAGAUGCACAUCUUCAAUACCCAUACAAACACUCCACAAAAUAAGAUGGUCCUCACUUGAAAACUGUGGGAGGAGUUGGGCGGACAAAUUAUGUACCCUACAUAGAAUAUUAAUUUCCAAAUAGACUAAGUUCAACAACCUGUAAUUUUCUCAAAAAUUGUAGAAAAUCAAAAUCCAUCCCACAUGCACAUCUUCCGUACCUAUACAAACACUCCACAAAAUAAGAUGGUCCUCACUUGAAAACUGUGGGAGGAGUUGGGCAGACAAAUUAUGUACCCUCCAUAGAAUAUUAAUUUCCAAAUAGACGAAGUUCAACAACCUGUAAUUUUCUCAAAAAUUGUAGAAAAUCAAAAUCCAUCCCACAUGCACAUCUUCAAUACCCAUACAAACACUCUACAAAAUUAGAAGGUCCUCACUUGAAAACUGUGGGAGGAGUUGGGCAGACAAAUUAUGUACCCGCCAUAGAAUAUUAAUUUCCAAGUAGACUAAGUUUAACAACCUGCAAUUUUCUAAAAACAAAUUGUAGGAAAUCAAAAUCCAUCCCACAUGCACAUCCUCAAUACCCAUACAAACACUCCACAAAAUAAGAAGGCUCUCACUUGAAAACUGUGGGAGGAGUAGGGCGGACAAAUUAUGUACCCUCCAUAUAAUAAUUAUUUCCAAAUAAAAGGGCAAAAUUCCUGGAAAAAAGGUCGAUAUGGAUCAAAAUUGCAGUAUGAUCUAGAGUGACCCACAAAGAAGCUACACAGCAAGUUUCAGCAUGAUAUGUGAAAGGGAAAUGAAAUUAUAAAUAGAAAACCCCGAACGGAUGGACAAACGGACGGACGUACAGACAUCGCUGUACCAUAAUACGUCCCGUCUAAAGACGGGCGUAUAAAAAUAAGAGGAAUGAGUUAACGUUAAAUACAAAAUAAGAGGAAUGAGUUAAUAUAAGAAAUAAAAUAAGAGGAAUGAAUGGAUGUAAAUAACAAAAAUAAGAGGAAUGAGUUAACGUUAAAUACAAAAUAAGAGGAAUGAGUUAAUGUAAAAAAAAAAAUAAUAAGAGGAAUGAGUUAAUGUAAAAAAAAAAAAUAAUAAGAGGAAUGAGUUAAUGUAAAAAAAAAAAAUAAUAAAAAAAAUAAGAAGAAUGAGUUAAUGUUAAAUACAAAAUAAGAGGAAUGAGUUAAUGUAAAAAAAAAAAUAAUAAUAAGAGGAAUGAGUUAAUGAAAAAAAAAAAAAAAAAAAAAAAAAUAAGUAGAAUGAGUUAAUGUUAAAAAAAAAAAAAAAAAAAAACACACACACACACACACAAAAACCAAAACAAGAACUACAUGAAUAUCGUAGCAAGAUCCGCCGGGAUUUAAUUUCCAAUAAACCUUUUGACGUCACAAAGCCAUAUUGUGAAUACGUUGAUGUCAUGUACAAUGUCUAAAGAACUGUAUUUUGUGCAUGUUUCAAACAUCACUGUUUGGGGAAAAAAGUCACAAAAAAUGAGGAAAAAAAUUGCCGAAAGAAAAAAUCCUCGGUUUCAAGAUAUCAUAGGAAUAUAAAAUCUCGAGACCGAGGGUUAUUUCUCCUACAAAUAUCUCCUGUGCGAUCGUUGUUCCUUCAAUCUGCACAUUUUCCAUGAAAAAAUAUUAUUAUUGUGAUAGAACUAACGUAUCCAAAACUGCAUGUUCCAAAAUUGUAUAGUACUUGGAAAUAUUAUCUUCCCUGAUCCGAUUUUUACACCGUAUAGUAUAAAGCUCUGAUAGAGUUAUCAAUUCAGUUGAUUUAGUGACAAUGGAGUGUCGGUACAUAGUGACCCAUUUCCUGAUGUGGAUUGGAACUCUGUAUGUUGCGAUCUCUCAAGUCACCAACACCAGCUUAGCAUCUCUCUCGCAGGAUGAAUUGGCGAACGGAUUACGUUUUCAGGAGUUACAAUUUUCAACAACUAAGAUCAACGCCAGUCUUCACGCGAAUCUUCCCGAGAAGCUUGCUGCGGCAGAAGCCCAAGAGGCGGAUGAAAGAGAAGCAAAAGCAUUUAGAGCUUUCCAAGAGUCACAGACACCCUUUAUUGCCACAACAUCCCGCUACAACUUAGGAUACAUAGGUCGUGGGUACGAUUUGUACAAAGGAAACCCACUCAGCGAAGAAGGGGUGGUGGAUCAAGGAUUUCGCCUCCCAAUCAUUGAUUUGCCUUAUACCCACAAGUUCACUGCAGACGGAGAAUACCGGGUUCCGGAUAAUGUAGAUGUUAUUGCAGAGUCAAGUGCCAAGUUUGGAUCUUCUCUCUAUUCAGUUCAGUCCGAGUCUGACUACAAGAGCAUGCUGAGCGUCGACGCUUCGGUAAACGCUGGAGGGGGUGGGUGGGGCCUGAGCGCUAGCUUCAGCGCUAGUGCGUCUUAUCAGAAAAACACACAAGAAAUUCAAAAAGGAGAGACGACGACUUUAAGCAUCGUAAGCCGUGCCGUUGUUUACAGAGCCCGGAUGUCCGAAACCUCGAAAAUGUCCAAGGUCACAGACUACUUUGAGAAAGCAGUCAUGCUGCUGCCGAUGGAGGAUUGCGAGGAGGAUUCGCUUCAGGAGAUGUAUCUGAAUUUUAUUCAGGAGUUUGGGACUCAUUACACAACUCAGGUUGUCAUGGGAGCCAAGGCAGUGCAGCAGCUAACCUUCUCCAAAUCUGACCUGUCAAAAAUGGAGUCCGAGGGAAUAAGUGCUACGGUUGCUGCACAGGUAGCGUACAGCGGGUUCGGUGUCUCGGCUGAUGGAGGCUUCAGUGUGGGAACUGCCUCCGAAGAAGAGUCCAAACAGCGUGUGCAGAACACUAACAAAGAACAAUAUGAAUACUAUAUUGGGGGGAAUCCCCCUGCCGCGGAUUUCUCUUCCGGAAGUACCGAGAGUCUACGAGAGUGGGCGAGAUCUGCCUACGAGAAACCGGUACCGAUACAGUAUAGACUGACCUCCAUUGACACACUGAUCAAACCUGGGUAUUUUCGAGGCAUUACAUAUGGUUUGUUUGAUAGACGCCGAUGUAUGCGGAAAGCUCUAUAUUCUUACUGUAAACAGACCGUGUCGCCUUCCCUGUGCAACCCGCCUGAUGAAUCAUCCAGAAAUCUGGGGUCGAGACGCAAAAGACAAACCAGUGACAUCCCUAGUGCUAUCGACAGCAUAAAGUUCGGAGAUUUUGUGACUCUCAAGAACAGGAAGUCCAAGAUAUAUUUAGCGUUGUCUUCCUCCACGGGACACCUAAAAGGGAUCGUCACAAAACCAUUGGUGCCAGUUGAUAGUAUACAAAAUUAUGAUGGACUCUUCCAAAUCAAAUCGAGUGAUAACGACCCUACAAUAUUAGGAACUCCACUAGUGUAUGGUCAGAGCUUCAAAUUGGUACCUGUGGAUGGCGACAAUAUGUUUACUGGAAGGUUAUUUAUUGAUGACGUCAGUAAUGCUGCAGAGAGUAAACUUCAGACAGCCUUUGAUGGACACGAUGGUAGAAAAUUUUCAGCUCCAGGAGACGUGACCGAUUUCUCUGUAUUCCUUAAGAUGGAUAAAUAUCGGUCCUAUUUGAUAAGCUUGCAAAUGAAUUGUAAUGGACGAGAUUCUUUACAGUAUCAAGUUAAUCUUGAGGGUCCAGAAGGAACUGUUAAGUUUCAGAUGACGAAAAUCUGCCAUUCUAUGAGAGUGGCAUGGUAUCAUGGUGCUUUUGCUGACAAAGACAUUGGUCAACUCCAGAGAGUUCGCUUUAUGGGGGUAUCUGGAACUGAACCAAUCAAGGGUAUUCAGAUACGAACCGGCCAGGGUCGUCAAAUUUUGAAAUACAGGAAAGAAAACCUCAUCUGUGUGGGAAACGAAGUGAGUUUCACCAUGUCUGCUCCAGAGUCUAAACGAGUUGAUAUUGAUAUAUACCCAGCCCAGUUCUCAUUCCACAGCAAGAACUACCCGGCAGGAAGUGUCGUCAGACAGCGGGACACCGUCUUUGUGGAGGUUGUGUCUGCUGUAGACAGGAAAUCUUUUUGGGGUCAACCAGUUUCGCAUUUAUUGUCGAAUAAAAACCAAGUUGUGACCAUAUUAGAAACGGGACCUGUUGCUCAUAAAGCCAAGAAAGACUGUAAUGAGAUAAUUUUCCCGGAUGAUAACAGAGUCGGUGUAGGAAACAGCUUAGACAAUCGUUACUUCGUCUCGUUUGCUGUAGACAUCAUGAUUAAAAAUAUUUCAAUCGGGACCAAGAAGGGAUUUUCAGCGGCUAACUUUACAGUCGAAUAUAUCAACAGGAACAAUACAAGUUUUCAACAACUGCAAAACAUUAUUCGAGAUCCCACAACAGGAACCAUAAAGAAAAUGGUCAUCACAUUACCGAAAAUGUACUUGUCUGCAAUCAAGGUUUACGUGGACGGGGUGAACGAUUUCGCAGAGAACGUUCAAUAUUUCUUCGUCACUGGCUGUCUUGGUGCUCUUGUCGAGGAAAAACCACAGGACACGGCUGCAGAGGAGUGGGAUCUACGACUCAGCGAAAAUCAGAUCCAGGCGUAUCCAUAUCUGAGGAUUGUAACAACGCAACACAACGAGUCUACUUUUGACAGGAUAUUCGAUGAGUUGGAAAAACCGAUCCCCAUAGACAAUUACAGGAAGGAUGUGCCCCUAGAGCCCAGCCAAAGAGGAUGCACAGUGAACGAGGAAUAUAUCCACAACUAUUUGAUGACCACAGACGAAAUCGAAGGACUCAAGUUUCAAAAUACUCGAGUCUACACGACGAUGAACACAAUAACCAUUACCACGUCUGUAAUGGCGAUGAACAGGAUUAUGUACGAGCGGAAUAUGCCAGCGUUAGAUAGCCUGCUUCGUAUGGCCAUACAGCGAUAUCCCUGUAACUCCCGGCAGCUGGCGUUCGUCGCUUAUCCACAGUCUUCUGCAGAAGGAUCUGGCAUAUCCCCUACUGCCAUCGCAGUGAUUACUGUUUUCGGGAUUUUGGUGGCUGUUGCAUUGGUUUGUGCGACUAUAUUCGCAACGAUUAGACUUAAACAAGGCAAAAAAGACAAAAUUCUUGAUGUGGAUCCUAUGGUCGAGCAAAAUGUGUAUCAAGACGAUGGUAAACAUGAGGAGCAACUGUAUACUAACAGAGCAUAUGAGGUCUCUCCUAUUGUCCCUUCCAGACAGAGGCGCUUGACUUAAAAGACACAUCGCAUGUUUUUAAACUUUUUUUAUUUUUUCAGCAAAAUUAACUCUUUUCAUGCCUAUAACUACUUAACAGCAAAAAGGAUAUAUACCGAAUUUUUUUCAAUUUUUAGAAGGAAGGUAUGAGGGAAAAGACGUGGAUAAUUUUUAUUGCAAUUGAAUGUCGUCGUGCGUUAUCAAAUUGAACAUUUUUAACUUCUUGAUUCCUAUUCCAAUUUUUUAAUUUGGUAUGAGCAUCUUUGGGACAAGAGGGACAUAAAUUGUAAAUUUUAGGACUCCUGCACCCCUGGGGCCCUAGGGUCGGGGCAAAAACUGACCAAAAUCGAACAAUUUUCAAAUAUCGUCUUCUCUAGAACAGCACAAGUGUAAGAAAAACUAAAUGCAUAGUGUUGUCGAGCAGGAAGAUUUCCACCAAAAUUGUAAAUUUUAUGAUCCCCUGGGUAGGGGUUCUGACCCCAUGGCAGAGCCAAACUUAUUAUAUAGUGUUUAUGUAUAAAACACUUCAAUAACAUCUUCUAUGGGUGUUAUUGAUACUAAAAUGAAACUAAAUGAAUAUUUAGAAAGGUAGUCCUUUACCAAAAUUGUAAAUUUGAUGAUCCUCGGGGUAGGGGUUCCGACCCCAGGGUGGGGCCAAAAUUAGUAUAUAGUAUUUAUUUGUAAGUUUGCUGAUACAAUGUAAUUUAUAAAAUCUAAAUGCAUACUUAAGAACAGCAAUGUACAAAAAAUAGUGAAUUUCACAACCCAGGGUUUUGACUCUAGGAUGGCUCCAAAUUAGUCAUAUCUUUUAAUGUUAAUACACCUAUUAUAUUAUGUAAAGCCUUUCAUCAGUGUAUGUACUUUUUAGGGCACUGGAGUUUUAAGAGCACAUGAAGUUCUAUACUGUUGCUGAACAUUAGAAUUUAGCUUAGAUAUUCAGAACAGGAAAAUUUUUCUAGAUUUCAUAGCCUUUGGGAGUAGUAUUACUUUUUCACUAAUACUCAGGUGAUCAAUAAGGCCUGUGGGCUCUCGUUUGUCGGCGCAAGGACUUUGCUAUAUAAAAACAGCCCCAUCGCCUUUGUCCAUGUACUUUUUCAAAAGGCAGUCGGACGGAGACUCAUACAAAUUACGAGAAAAUGGUUAUAUAGAAGCUAAGCACUACUAGGCCUACAGCAUAUGCAUUUUGUUCUGGUCCUCAAUACACACUCGCACCAACUGACCUUCACCUUGUAACAACAUAUAACUUGUGCUCCUAGUUUCUACCAACUGUUAGAUUUACAAAAAAUAUUCGAUCUUUAGUUAAAGUUUCAGCCUGCUAACUUGGUUUUAAAAUUCAGAGAUUCAAUACUGUAUAUUCAAUGAAAUUCAAUUUAAAAAUUACAACAUAUAACAUUACAGUUUUAAACAAUCUACAGUACUCAUAUGCAGCUACUUAUACAUGGAUGGUAGGCCCUAUAUCAAUCAGUCUUGCAAUUUAUAUAUCGUAUAUACAAAUUAGAUCUAUCAAUAGGCCUUUUAUUACAAUCCAUGAAAUUUCGUUGGUAUUUUUCCAGUCUGGUAAUUCCUCAGUUAAUAAAAAAUGUUAUACACGU